AUGUUGAUAGUUUAUCGACAAUGUACGCUAUUCUUAUGUAUUCUUUUCAUUCAAAUAAAUAUCAUUCAAACAUCUUAUAUUCGUCAUCUUUCGUUAUCUAAUAAUAUAAAUCAUUUAACUUAUUAUUCUUCAUUAAAAUGGCUUUAUGUUGCGACAAUUGAUUCACUUUCAAUUUAUGAUGAUAAUUUAACACUAAUACAAAAUGUAUCAAUACAAAAAACUUAUUUAAAUAAUGAUGAUAUAUGUAAAAUAAAUCCAUGUCAAUGUUUAAAUAAUUUAGUAAAUACAAGUAAUAAUAAUGAUAAUUCAAUAACAGAUAGAAAUCGUCGUUCAAAAUCAUUAGAUUUACAAAAUCAUAUCGAUGAAAAUAAUUAUAAUUUAAUUCUUUAUCUUGAACAAAAUAAUAAGAUUGAUAAUAAACCAUAUUUAAUUGAUUGUUGGUCUUUACAACAAGGUUCAUGUAUUAUUCGUAAUGCAUUAAAUUUAUCGCAUAUUUAUUAUCAAAAAUUAUUAACAAAUGAAAAAAAUCAAGCACAAAAAGUUUUAUUUAAUACUGAUUCAACAAUACCAAAUCAUAUAUUUCCAUUUCAUUUUAAAUUAAAUAAAUGUAAUAAUACACCUAUUUAUUUAUUUUUAACAUCAACAUUAAGAAAAAAUUUCAUCGUUUCAAAUAAUAAAGAGAAAGCUGAUAAUUUAACUGAUCUCGUUUAUCUUCAAUGUCUUGAACAAUCACAAGGGCGUACAAUCGCUUUACGAGCAUUUGUAUAUGAUGAUGAUGAUGGCAUUAAAAACUCUCAACGCUAUGUAAACAAAUCUAUGACUACAAUGAACAUACCAUCACAAAAUGUCACCAUUGUCAAAGAUUCGAUUAUGAAACGACAAGCUGUUACUAUUACGAACUUCAUCAAUACAACAAGGUCAUCUUCAACAAGUAAUAUAUCAAAUUUAAUAUCGAGUGUAAGUAUUUCUCAGUCAUCAUCAUCGACCGUUUCUAUGAUUUCUUCUGAUCACGUAACAAAUCUGAAUACUAAUAAUAUUAAUAAAAAUAACAAUUCAUCAUCAUCAAUUAACUUGAUACAUGUACAGAAUCCAUUUCUAAAUAUCAAUGAUUAUUGUCCUGAACAAUUAUCAGUUGUACGAUCAAUCUAUACAGAUUUUUUUGAACGUGAAUCAUCGGAUAAAUUUCGACUUUUUCAAGAUAUUAUUUAUGAUGAAAAAGAUUCAGCUAUCUAUGUAUUUACUAAUCAACAACAUGUUAGUAAAGUUGUACGUUUAUGUGAAGGGCAAAUAUCAUUUCGACAUUAUGUUGAAUUACAAAUAAAUUGUGGAAAUGAUUAUACACUUAUACAAAAAGUUAAAUUAAUUAAAUUUAAAAAUCAAAAACAAUAUCUAUUAACAAUAGCAUCGAAACCUAAAACGUUAAAUAGUCUUGAACCAUCAAUAAAUAGUUAUUCCGCAAUAUGUUUAUAUGAUUUUGAUCAAAUAAGAAAUGCAUUUAUUGAUAAUGUACUUGAUUUAGCAAAAGGCAAUGUUUCACUUGGUAUGGCAUGGUUACAUGGUGAAUCAGUUAUUCCACAAUAUCCAACACCAUAUGGAAAUUUAGCUCGAUGUUCAACAACGCGUGAUGCAAGUUAUCUAAUGAUUUUUGAGGGAUCAUCAAAUAUUAUUUCACAACCAUUAAUUACUUUUCCAUCUGAUCAAUUAACAUCGUUAGAAGCAACGGUAAUUAAUAAUUAUAUUAUAGUUUUAACUGGUACAGCUGAUGGUAAAAUAAAAAAGAUCAGUAUACAACCAACGAAAAAGAAAGCAUUUCAAUUUGAAGAAAUGUUUGUUGAUUUUGGUCAAUCGAUUCUUCGUGAUAUGGUAUUAGAUACGACUAAUCGAUUUCUUUAUGGUGCAACUAAAACUCGGCUCUUUCAAGUUGAUCUUCAUGAUUGCGAUCGACAUAAAACAUGUUUUUCAUGUCUUUCAACACAAAAUCCAUAUUGUGGAUGGGGUACAACAUUGAAUCGUUGUACGAUACGUACAAAUGAAAUAGAUGAUAUACGACGUUUUAGUUGGUUACAAAUACGUGAUCGUUGUCCAAAUAUACUUGAAAUUACACCAGCUUUUAUUUCACAUGCUAAAUCUAGCAAAUUACAUUUAAAAGUUGAUAGUGUACCUGAUGAUCCAACUUCGAAAUAUUCAUGUUCAUUUGGUUUAUCUUCACUUUUAAUUGAAACAGAAGAAAAUGAUAACGAUAAACCAAUUUAUAUAUCAAAUGCAAUUAAAUAUGAAAAUUAUAUUGAAUGUUAUUCACCUCCACCUCAAACACUAGCUACUAUUAAUCAUGAUUCACUUAUUCUACAUUUAUUUUAUAAUGAUAUUGUUUUAACAGAAAAAAAUGUUACAUUUUAUGAUUGUUCAUCAUAUUUAACUUGUACAACAUGUAUGAAUAAUUCAUAUAAUUGUACAUGGAAUUUAUUAACAUCGACAUGUACUGAUAAUGAUUUGAAUAUUGAAAAAAAUGAAACAAUAAUAAGUAAUACUUCCAUUGAUCAAUGUCCUCGAUAUAAUGUGUCAAUGAAAGAAAUAUUUAUUGCUGAUGGAAAUUCAUUUAUUUUGGGUGAAAAAGAUCGAGUUAUAAUUCAAAUAAUUAAAUUAAAAUAUGAUAUUCAAAAAUAUUUUCGUUGUAUAUUAACAUUAAUAAAUGGUAGUAUAAUUUCAACUGUUGGAAAAAUUAAAAAUGAUUUACUUAUUUGUGAUUCAUUUCAAAUUUUUUAUGAUAAAGAUAUUGGUCAACAAAGUUUAUUAUUUGAAAUUCAAUGGUCCGAAUGUGAAAAUGAAUGUACAUAUAAAAAAUUAGAAACUCUAACAAAUUUUACAGUAAAUAUAUAUAAAUGUAAAUAUCUUGCUGAUUCAUGUGGUUCAUGCAUAUUAUUACAAGAUGAUUAUCAUUGUAUAUGGUGUGAAACAGAUAAAUCAUGUCGACAUGAAAUAAAUUCUUCAAUAUGUGAAUCAAAUCAUAUAAUUAGUUCAUCAAUGGGUAUAUGUCCUGAUCCACGUCUGAAACAUAUAUAUCCUAAAAUAGGUCCAGAAUAUGGACGAACACCUAUUCAAAUAUAUGGUUCAAGUUUAGGUAAAAAGCCACAUGAUAUAUCCAUUGUUCUUAUACAUUCAAAUCAAACGGAAUAUUCUUGUGAUAUUCAACUUGAAACAUAUAUUAUCUCACAAUCAUUUUUAUGUCAACCACCAUCUUUACCAAUUGGAAUAUAUACAAUUCAAGUUACUGUUCAUUCAGUUGUUAGUAAAGAUCGACCUGUUUUUCAAAUUGUGAAACCAAUUAUAAAUCAUAUUCAUCCAAAUGUAGGACCUCGAUCUGGUGGUACAUUAAUAUCAAUAAAAGGAAAACAUUUAACAAUUGGAAGUAAAAUAAAUAUAUUUGUUGGUCAUCAACAAUGUUUACUUAUUGAAAAUGAAGAAACAAUUAUUAGUAGUACAAUAUCAGAUGAUGAAAAUAAUCAUUUAAUAAAUCCACCAAUAUCACAUUUGGAUUCAGAGAAUGAAAAUGCAGAAGAUAUGAUUCAAUGUCGAACUUCGAAAUUAACAGAUACCAAUGAAGAUAUUGAAAAUCGACAACAAAGAUUUGUUAAACGACAUGCACUAUGGAUGGGUACAAUUACAAUCUUAAUUGAUAAUUUUACUGAAACUUAUUCGAAUAUUACUUAUUCAUACACAGAAGAUCCACAUGUAUAUAAUUUAAGUCGAUAUACUGGUAUUCAAAGUGGUGGUUUACCAUUUAUUGUUCAUGGUACUAAUUUUGAUUCGAUUCAAUCACCACAAUUCUUUCUUGAAUUUAAACAAAAACAAAUAUAUAUCGAACCUUGCUCAGUAAAAACAUCAGAAAGUAUGUUUUGUUCUGGACCAUCAUUUAAAUGGACAGAAAAUGAAACUAUGCCUGUAAGUACAACAUUAUCUUCUAUAAAUUCUACAACGAUGGCAACAACAACAACCACAACAACAUCACCAUCAACAAUAACUCCUGUAUUUGAUAAAAAUCAUUGUUUAGAAUUUAAGUUUGGUUUUUUUAUGGAUGAUGUCGAACAUGUUCGUAAUAUAUCAACAUAUCAUGAAGUAUUUUUACUUUGUCCUGAUCCAAUUAUUUAUCCAUUUAAUAAUGAUGGCAAACGUAUACAAUAUCGUUAUGAUUAUUUAACAAUAGAAGGUUCAAAUCUUCUUGAUGUUGCAACAAUAAAUGAUUAUUUUAUAACAAUUGGUUCAUUUCCAUGUAAUAUAACAUCAAUAUCUGAUAAACAAAUUGUUUGUCAACCAACAAAUCGUACUAUUGAAAAAUUAAUAAGAAAAAAACGUAUUUUAUUAAAUAUGGAUAUGAAAGAUAAUGAACAAGCGAUUGUACGCGUAACACUUGGCCGUAGGGUAUAUACAUUAGGUACAUUAACAUAUACAUCAAAUAUUGAAAAACGUUCAUUAGUAUUAUAUUAUAUAAUCGCGAGUAUUUGUGGACUGUUUUUAACAAUGUUUAUUAUAAUUGUAUCCAUUAUUUUUCGACGAAUAAAUACAAAACGUACUCGACAACUUAAUCGUUUACAAAAUCAAAUUGAUACACUUGAAAUGCGUGUUGCACGUGAAUGCAAAGAAGCUUUUGCUGAACUUCAAACUGAUAUUGGAGAAAUGACAAAUGAUUUAUCACAAUCAGGUGUACCAUAUCAUGAUUAUCGAACAUUUUGUAUGAAAGUUUUAUUUCCAAAUGCUACUGAAGAAGAAAAAUAUAUGAUGCUUCAUAAUAUUGAGAUACCGCUUGAAACUAAUCGACGACAUAGUGUUCGACAAGGCCUUCAUCUAUUAUCUCAAUCAUUAUAUAAUCGUCAUUUUCUUCUUUUGAUUAUUCGUACAUUGGAAGCAGAUAAAAUAAAUUUUCGUUUACAAGAUCGUAUGCAAUUUGCAUCCCUUAUAAGUAUUCUUCUUCAAGAUAAUAUUGAAUAUUUUACUGAAAUAUUAAAAAUUUUAUUAAGAGAAUUAAUUGAAAAAUCUUUACAACAUGAUCGAAAUAAUAGUAAAAUUUUAUUGCGAAGUAAUGCAUCUAUAGCCGAAAAAAUGCUUUCAAAUUGGUUUUCUUUUCUGCUUUUUGGUUAUAUUAAAGAACGUCUUGGUUCUCCAUUGUACAUUUUAUUUCAAUCAAUAAAACAACAAAUUCAAAAAGGUCCAAUUGAUUGUUUAACAAGUGAAUCGCGAUAUUCAUUAAGUGAAGAUAAACUUCUCCGACAACAUAUUGACUAUUCAUCAAUGAUUGUUUAUGUUAUUCAAACUGAAGAUGGUAAAUCUCAUCAUAUUUCAACACCGGUGGCAAUUAAAGUUCUUAGUUGUGAUUCAAUAACACAAGUGAAAGAGAAGAUUGUCGAUCAUUUUUAUAAGAAUAUUCCUUUUUCCAAACGUCCAUUAAUUGAAGAUUUUGAUUUAGAAUGGAGAAGUGGAUCACAUAUGAAAUUACUUCGUGAUGAUGAUAAAACUGAUAAUCCUGAUUCAAAUGGUUUUAUUCAAAUUCAAACAUUAGCAUCUUAUAAAGUUCAUGAUGGUGCACGAUUAUUUCUUAGUUUAAAACCGGGUACAAACUAUACAAAUACAUCAUCAUUAUCAGGUUCAAAAAUAAGUACUGGUAGUAUAACUAAUGGAUUAACAAGUUGUUAUCCAACAAACAGUUCAUGUUGUAUAAAACCUACUGAUACUGAUCAUAAUUGGCAGUUACUUCAAGGACCUGAAAAUCAAAUAUUAUUAAAUUCAACAAAAGAUGUGAUCAAUGUACGAAAAGAUCAUCGAUUAUCGAAUGCAAUACAAUCCGAACAAUCAUUUUUAAAUUCUCGAUUAGAACCAAAUACACGAUUUUAUCAUCUAGUUAAACCAACAGAUCGUGAAGAUGAUGAUCGAACAUUAGUAACAAAUAAACUUGUUUCAGAAGUUUAUUUAACACGUUUAUUAGCAACAAAAGGUUCAUUACAACAAUAUAUUGAUAAAUUUUUUGAUACUAUUUUUUGUCUUAUUGAUUUACCAUCACCAAUUAAAUAUUUAUUUGAUUUUCUUGAUGAACAAGCCGAAGAUAAUCAAAUAUUUGAUUCAAAUAUUAUUCACAGUUGGAAGAGCAACAGUUUACCUUUAAGAUUUUUUGUUAAUAUGAUUAAAAAUCCUGAUUUUAUAUUUGAUGUUCAAAAAACAAAUGUUAUCGAUGCAUCAUUAUCAGUUAUUGCUCAAAUGUUUAUGGAUAGUUGUGCUGCUGGUACUCAUCAAUUAACAAAAGAUUCACCCUCAUCAAAACUUUUAUUUUAUCGUGAUGUACAGAAAUAUAAAACACUUGUAGAAAAGUAUUAUGCUACUAUUUCUUCGUUUCCUACUGUAUCUAUCAAUGAUCUUGAUCGUAAUGUGAUAUCAAUAAGAGAACAAGAACAACAAACUUCGUUCAAUAGACGACCAAAUGAAUUUAAUAGAACAUAUGCUUUAUUUAAAUUGUACAAUGAAUUUAUCAAUCGAUAUAAGACUAGUAUACGAUUAGCGAUGGCAAAUGAUCUUCAUAGCAAACAGUAUCGUUUAGUAACAUUAUUUGAACGGAUUGUUGAUUAUAUGGAAAGUUUUGAGCUUGAUAUUUGA